GUUCAUAUGUGUACUAAAACCCAUAUUUACUUUCAUUUGUCAUAAUUUCGUCCGCGGGAAAACAAUUAUAGGUCACCUGCCUCUCUAUAGGGCAACUGUCUGUCCAUAAUGUUCAUUUUCCCCGAAUGGAUUGAUCAGUCAUGGCACUAAACAUUUCCAAGGGCUGUUUUUUUGACCCUGAGAACAGUUUAUCGACAAAGGAGACGAAAAUACUAAUGGUUCUUAGCAUAUUGUCUUGUGUCUUGGCGAUCAUUGGAAAUGGUAUUAUAUUGUUUGUUGUCUACAAAAAAGAAUCCUUCCAAAAUACGUCCAACUUCUUUCUCUGUUCCCUUGCCGUUGCGGAUCUUUUAAUGGGACUUAUUGGAAAUCCAAUCAGAACAGUCUUUCUUGGCAUUAAUCUUUGGACAUCUAAUAGAAACAGUCUGACAAAGUUCAAUGAUUUCCUUGCGUGCCAAUUGCUUGUAGCCACUGCAUUUAACCUGUGUGCUGUCAGCGUCGACAGGCUAGUAGCUGUGAAAUGGCCCCUUCGUUAUCCUACUAUAAUGACAUCCAAAACCACUUUAAGGAUCAUCAAGUUGAUUUGGUUGUCUUCCUUUGGUUUUGGAAUACCCAUGCUGAUCUUUAACGAUGGUAAAAAUGCUUGCAUUUACUGGCUCUUUAUUUCGUUACUGACGCUUGUGUGCCCUCUUCUCGUCAUUUUGUACUGCUACACUGCUAUCUUAAAAAUUGCUCAACAAAAACAAAAAUACGUCGUACCGCAAAUUUAUAUGUCAUCAUUUCCUUCGGCUAGCAAGGAAACUAAUAAAUACAGAAAGAACCGCAAGGCUGUAGCAACAUUCCUAAUGAUUCUAACUGUAUUUGUCGUGUGUUUUGUACCAAAUGCAGUCUGCUCUGUGUUGUGUGUCAUUCCAUAUCAAAAGUGUCCAGCAUUUGCGCAAACUCUUGUGAAUAAAUGGGAGUGGUACAUCUUUCUUCUUUUGGCCACCUCAUUUGUUAAUCCUUUGUUAUAUGGAUUGCGUAAUCGGCAAUUCAGAACAGCAUUUUUUAGUCUGGUUUCAAAGAUUUAAGCCGACCCAACAGAGAAAACCGUUAAGAACAAGAAACAAAAUGGAAAGAUGGAACA